AUGGUGAUUUUGGCCCUCUGUGGUACCGUCUUCCUAAUUUAUAACAAAAUACAACGCCCGCCCCAUGUGCGGCCACCAAUCGCAGAGAAGGUGGCACCCACCCUCAUAAAGACUAUGGUUUAUGUCGAAGAAGAGCAUCAUGAAGUAAUUCCACACUGGGUGAGAGCAGUAAAAGCUUAUGGAUGGAAAAAGGCUAACCUGAUUCACAUUGAUGGACACAGUGACAUGGACUUUCCAGAACUGGUUGACGACUUGCCACUUGGCCAUCCGCCCGAAAACGAUGCGCAAAUUUCGGCGAUGAUGCAAAGGAAUGAUCAGUUCAUUCAGAGUGCAAUAAUUGCUCAACUCAUCAAUUCCACCUACCUCAUAUUUCCCUCGUGGACCAGCAAUGAAAGCCAAGCUUUCACUGCCUGGGUAGGUAUUAGCUCAUUCGAUGAUCCGAAACGAUUCUGUUUCUGCUAUGAGAACAUCCCAGACGCCUGUAUUGUGCGUAAUCCCAAUAGCUCUGAGGCCUUUAGUGACAUUGCUGACAAGAACUGCGACCGGCGCUGGAACUACACGCAGAUUGAACUUACUUCUGCCAACGCCGCGCCCAUUCUUCGUCGAUCCAAAUACUACGCCUUGCCUGCCGAUCUGGAUACGCCACUGAUACUCGACAUCGACGAGGACUUCUUUGGAGUGCAGUUAGUUGGCGCCGACCUGCUCUACUAUGGACUAGACAUGGAGAAUGUACUUGCCAUGAGCGACCUCAUCCGUCCACUAUUUUGCCUGAGAGAGGGCAGCGAGAUCGAGGAGUUGAGACCAGACAUUUGGUUUCGCGGCUACCUCAGCAGCAUCAUUUCACACUGUCUCACCAGCUCACCUCAAUGUCCCAAAACUGAGCUCAACGGCACCGUCUACGACGCCUGUAGUGCGGCCAUCUGGGAGGCCAAACAAGACCUCUACUGUGCCCAGCCGCCCCUCGUUUGCCAAGAGGUGAGACAGGAAAAGCAGGUAGUGGCGCCAGAGGUGGAGGAAAGUUUUAAUCUCCUGACACUGCUGCUUCGCAACCUGACUCGAGAACAGGCACGGGCC